UCCCUUCUAACAAAUGGCAGCGUGGCAUAUAUCAGCGAUUUAUCUCGUGCGGGAACAAUGACAACGUGUAUACGUAAUUUCCAAGCAAUACUCCACGUUGUAGGUAUACGGAUAUUCGAGGGUCCGUUGGCAACGAGUUGAUUGCCACAGCGACGCAUAGGAGACUCAAGCAGGACGCUGCAGGGCACGAUCUAUUUUCUUAAAUUUUCCGCAACCACACAAAACUUGGAAAGCGCAAGGAUGGUGAAGCGGACAGUGGCAAUACUAUCCGCACUACUAAUCAUAAGCUUUGCCAGUGGACGCGUCAUCUCGGACGAAGCAGGCGGGAACCUCACAUCGAGUGAAUCUGAUGACCAAGAACCGACAAUCGACCGGAAAGCUAUCGGAGUCGUCAUCGAAAACGUGGGGCGCGUUCUUCAAAACGACUCUGCUAUCAAAGGAGUGAAUUCAACUACCAUGACGACUUUAAAGAACUGGCUUCUGCACGAACUCACCGUCAACGGAACAGUGCUGGACGGAACGGAUCACGCCCUGAUGGGCAACACCCUCGAGCUCUUCGGGUACCUUCUGCAAGACGACGAACAAGAAAUUAUCGAAAUAGAUACGGAUAACGAUUUUUUAAGUAUAUUGUUAUCACUUGGUGAUCUUGCUGCGGAGGUGGCUAGGAACGAAACUCUCGCUGCCUGAUUCGUCAUUGAAUUGCGUGGUCGUUCGUCAUAAUAAAGCGUACAUGUUUGA